AUGGGCGAUUACCCAUCGCCGGCGGAAAUCUUGAAGACGCACGCUAAACCCGAUCGGGCUCCGCAUCUUUUUGCCUUUCGCCAACUCCCGCCGCAUCGCCAGGAACCUCCGUCAUUAUCUCUCCAACCACUCCUCCCCACCUUCUCUCCCUCCCAGCACUUCUUCACGAUGUCGGGGAUGUGGCACCCUAAGAAGCUGAAGAUUGCCGGGUUUGUGAACACCCGCGUGAUCCGCGACUUCAAUAAGCGCAAUGCCUUCAUGAAGAUGGAGCCCGAACGCCAAGCGCUCCGCUACGUGAUCCGCAACACUAGCCUCCCCCAGCGAGUCCGCGCGAAGGCUCAGCUUGAGCUGUCAGAGAUGCAUUGCUACACCCGCCCAACACAAAUCAAGAACCGUUGUGUGGCGUCAGGAACCGCUCGCAGUGUGUUCCGGGAUUUUAGACUCAACCGAUUCCAAUUUCGUAUGCAGGCUCUUGCGGGCGAGCUUCCAGGUGUUAAGAAGGCCAGCUGGUAA